UCUCCAGCGUACGCCAGGCAGACGUACGUAAACCGUGCCACUAGUGCGUGAUCGCGUCAUUUACACGUGCUUUGACGUACUAUACGUCCCACUGUGGCGAGCAGGGAGUGUAGUAAGACGGAUGUUGCGGCUUCGCUGUAAGACCAAAAAUGGGAGCCACUUGAUGCAUGGCUUGACUCAUCAGUCCUGCGUGCAGGAGCUGAAGCGCAAGGUGGAGGAGCUGACUGGUAUCCCCUGUGAUGUGCAGAAAAUAAUGGUCGGAUACCCACCCUCCAGCCUUGAUCUUCGGAACGGAGAGGCUCACCUCAAGGACUACCCUAUCAAAUCAGGAGACACACUCAUCGUUGAGGAGGAAAAAAACAAGCCAAAGCCUCAGGAUCGUCCCGCUGUAACGAAAGGACCUAACCUCGAAGGUUCACCUAUGCUGGCACGCCGAGUGGUCCCAGCUGAUAACUCCUGCCUCUUCACCAGUGUUUAUUAUGUGGUGGAAGGCGGCGUAUACGACCCCGCCUGUGCCCCUGAAAUGAGAGGUCUCAUUGCCCAGAUAGUCUCGAGUGACCCCACAGCUUACUCUGAAGCGGUGCUGGGGAAAACCAAUGAGGAGUACUGCACCUGGAUAAGACGUGAUGACACUUGGGGAGGAGCCAUCGAGGUAUCCAUCAUGUCUAAGUUCUACCAGUGUGAGAUCUGCGUAGUGGAUACUCAGACAGUGCGAGUAGACAGAUUUGGAGAGGAUGCUGGCUACCACAAACGCGUGUUGCUGAUCUAUGAUGGCAUCCACUACGACCCGCUGCAGAAAGAGAUCCCCGGAUCCGACACCCCGCCCCAGACUAUCUUCUCGACUACAGACGACGUAAUCCUGGCCCAGGCCCUCGAGCUGGCAGACGAGGCUCGCCGCAAGCGCCAGUUCACAGACGUUAACCGCUUUGCCUUGCGCUGCAUGGUGUGUCAGACAGGCUUGGUGGGACAAAAGGAAGCUCGUGAGCAUGCCAAGGAGACAGGCCACGCUAAUUUUGGUGAAGUGUGAAAGUCUUGCUGUCUUUUUCCUCUCUCACAAAUACAACAACCACCAACCCCCAUGCCCUGCGUCUGGCAACUCUGUGGGUCUGUCUGCUUUUGUGAUCCUCUACCUCACAUUAUUUGGCAACAUCUUUGGAGAUUCUGCAGGUACUGUGUUCCGCCUCUUACCUGUUCAGUAUUACUUUUUAACUACUGUCAGUUCUUACAGUCAGAAAUGCUACUGCAGUGCUCCAGUGUUAGAAACCAUAAUAUUCAGAUCUCUUUAAACUGGGUCAGGAUGCAAAAAAUUCUUAGUUGUUGUUUCGAUCUGUUAAGAACACUCAUGGACAAGUUCAUAAACCAAACAGUUUAGGAUGUGUUAUCGAUGCAGCAAAUUGGCAGAACUUACCCUUGACGAAACAAAGAUGUGCGAACAAAGAAUUUUAAAAUGGUCACUAAGAAUUAUUUGCACAGUUAUGUGAUCACAUUCACUUUUGUCUUAAACACGGCACAGCAAGCUUGACUGUUAUUUAUCAUGUUGGUUAUGUAGCAUGUUUUUAUUACUUUGGGGGCAGAUGUAAGUAAUUCUUCCACUAAUUUCCUUAAAUUUAAACAUCUGAACUGUUCAAUAUAGGCGGCCUGAGUUAAUGCUAAGCAGGAUUCUUCUAAAGGAUUACUUGAUGAAAAAUCAAUCAGACACACUUCUAACCUCCUCAGUAUCCAUUGUUUUUGUUUGUUUGUUUGUUUUGUACAAUAACUUUAGCAUAAUUAUGGAUCAUUCAUAUAAGAUAUGACGACUAAAAGAAGAUCCAGGUAUCAAAAUGUAGGUAAAAAAAUCUGAGCUUUCAUAGGCCACAGCUUGUUCUGAUUGCGUAACAAACAGAUAACUCAUUGCAGACACCAAUGCAUCUCUCUGUUACUCUGCGUCCAUCGUAGACAUUAAAUGCAAUGAUUUGUCCCUUGAUUAUUAAGCUCAAAGUUACACUGGGGUUUUGUUUUUGUUUUUUGGGGGUUUUUUUUGGGGGGGGGGGUGAAUUUGAGCUCUGGUCAACAAGAUCAAUGGUGGUAUGAAUUUUGAAUACAGUAUCAUACUGCAAGUGCAAAAUUGGCCUUUAUUUUGUUUGGGGGGCGGGUCUUUUUCUGGGGGGGUUGCAACAUUGAUUGUGAGUGGGCUUGACUAAAUAAGGCAAAAAAAAUUAUGGUGCUGUAAACAAAACGCGUUACAAAAUCUGUAGCUCAUUUUUCUAUAUUUGUGCUGCAGGUUUUGAUGAGUGUUUUUCUUGUCUUUGUUUUUUUGUAGUGCACAAGUUUGAAAUGCUGUAAGAACUGUUUUUUGUUGUUUAAAUUAGACUGCAUACUUUGAAAAACCAUUCAAGCAUUAUAUUUGUAACAAAUCAAGGUAAGGCAUACAGUAUUUUAAGAUCUUUUUUCUUUUUAAAGGCUGCUCAUAAUGUCCUUUGCUAAUCAACAUCAAAUAUUUCCAUCUUACAUUUAUAGCUCUGGGUGGAUGUAUUACAAGUAAAGGUACAUUUAGUUUACUGUGUUUUGUAUGUUUUAUAAAAACUGCCACUCCUGUUUCACUGUAUGAAUUAUUUUCUUCCCCCACAACAGGAGUCUGUUCUCACAUUUUAAGCUAAUCAUCCAUUAUCUCUUUGCUAAUUUCUUUGACAUACACUGGCUAUAAGGAUGAAGAAAGCACUUGUAUUUAACUUAAAGUCAAAGAUUUGAGAUUGAUAACUGUGGUUAGUUCUCAUUGUGGCAAAACAUGGUGUUUGACGGGUCUUUGAUUGCAGAAUUGUUGCCAAAAGCUCCACAGUGGAGCCUUGACUGGACUUUGACUUUGGUUCAGAUUCGGAUGGUGACGGUAAUCAAUUAAAGAAAGCAAAAAAAACAAAACAACUUUUUGUAUUUUUCCCCCCCCCCUUAUCCCACCUCAUCAUCUACCUUAGGUAUUUUAAACGCUGGCAAAAACUGAAUAAUCAACUUGAUAAAACCAUGAAAUGGCUUUGUUGCAUUUUGUAUUUGUUAUGUUCUCAUGAUUAACAAUAACAGUGAAUGUUGCACACAAAGCACUACAGAAUAAACUGGAUUUACUUGAUUGUUUUUUUUUUU